CGCCGGGAGGGCGGUGCGCGCUUCUCCCGAGGUGGAACCCGCGGCGCUGGAACGCCGGCGUCCUCUGCCAGCACCCCUUCCUUGCCGGCCGGCACUUCGACUGCAGAGUUUUGCCCACGCUUCGAGACUUAGGGAGCAGUGCCUUUCAGAAUUUGCCCACUCAUCUGGUAUAACUAGUUCUGAUGGCUGGGAAUAAAGGAAGAGGACGUGCUGCUUAUACCUUUAAUAUUGAAGCUGUUGGAUUUAGCAAAGGUGAAAAGUUACCUGAUGUAGUGUUGAAACCACCCCCACUAUUUCCUGUUACAGAUUAUAAACCCGUGCCACUGAAAAUGGGAGAAGGUGAAGAAUAUAUGCUGGCUUUGAAACAGGAGUUGAGAGAAACAAUGAAAAGAAUGUCUUAUUUUAUUGAAACACCUGAAGAAAGACAAGAUAUUGAAAGGUAUAGUAAAAGAUAUAUGAAGGUGUACAAGGAAGAAUGGAUACCAGAUUGGAGAAGACUUCCAAGAGAGAUGAUGCCAAGAAAUAAAUGUAAAAAAGCAGGCCCCAAACCCAAAAAGGCAAAAGACGCAGGCAAAGGCACUUCACUCACUAAUACUGCAGAUGUUUUGAAAAAAAUUGAGGAAUUGGAAAAGAGAGGUGAUGGUGAAAAAUCAGAUGAGGAAAAUGAAGACAAAGAAGGAAGCAAAGAGAAAAGUAAAGAAGGUGAGGAUGAUGACGAUGAUGAUGCUGCAGAACAGGAGGAAUAUGAUGAAGAAGACCAAGAAGAGGAAAAUGACUACAUUAAUUCAUACUUUGAAGAUGGAGAUGACUUUGGCGCAGACAGUGAUGACAACAUGGAUGAAGCAACCUAUUAGGCAUGAAAUUUUUAAAAAAAUAUUUUUAUGAUGCCGCUUCUGAACAUUUGGACAGACUUAUUUCUGAUAAGGUAUAAGUAUUUAUGUUUUUGUUUUUUUGGACAAGUAGUUGUCACCAAAAUAUUCAAAACCACUUUGAGUUUACAUACUAGUUACCUUACAAAUUAGUCCCUGAUACUCUUGACAUUCCUUCUAAACACCUCUGCCAUCUCUCUUAUGUACUCUCGUGGAUUUUUUCGUAUUUGAAUAUGAAUGUGCCUAAAGAAUUUAUGCUCUCUUAAUCUAUGUAUACAUACUUGAAGAAAUCAUUCUUGCUUAACUGCUGAUCUUUUAUAAAAUUAUUGCUAGUCAUAAUGAAUUUCUAUAACCUGAAAGUUGAUAUAACAGCACAUGGAGCACUUUAAAAACAAAGAAACUUGAAAAUAAUUUUGGUUUUUACUUUUACAUAGUAUGUUCUAGACUACUGCAUUUUGACUACAUAAACCUACCUGAGCUCUUACAAGUGCAGAAUUGUGAGAUAGAGGUUUUGUGAUGGAAAACAUACACACAGGGAAAAAUACCAAACUGAGCAAUAUCAAGUUCAGAGCUCACAUCUUAGCCAGUACAAAGAAACUUUCACAUAGGGUGAAUAUUAUAAAUACUUGAAUUUGGCACUCACUUGAUACUGUAUGAUAUAUAAAUUAAUCAUGUCACUGUAAUAAUUUGGACAUCUUCAAAUAGUUGGGCUUAUGAAAAACUUGACUAAGACACUUUAUUUUGUCCUUUAUGUAAGUGUGAAAUAAGUUCUGGUCAUAUAAAUAUCACUGUAGAAUGCAUGUGUGUGAACUUUAUGAAGUAUGGUGGCCUUUUAUGUUUCAGAGUACUCAAGUUGUACAUUUGAUUUAUAUAAAUGCAGAAUGAACUCAGGUCAUUUUGAAAUUAAGAUUUUUUUUGUCUAACUUUAAAUCUAGCUCCCCCAACUUUAUAUACUUUUGGGGGGAAAAAUGCCUAAAAACCUUCACCUACAAAGACUCUCACAAAUGCCAAAGAUUUUCAAGGAAAUUCAUAUUAUAUAUUUGAAAAAAUGAUUUAUCAACGUUAUCUACCAAAAGAAAUUAUUUUUUCCCUUUGGGAAGAUAUCAUUAACCUGAAAUGUGAGAAUCUGAUCCCUAGAUUCUAUUUCUACCUGUACUAUUAAACUCAACCUUGAAACUGA